UGGUUUUUGGAUUUGCUCAUUUCAAUGAUGCUUAUUGGUUUCCCCUUUAUGUUCCUAAUCCAUUUUUGGUUCGAUUUAUGCAUUUUGGAUCGACGGUUUGGCAUUUGCAUUGAGUUGGACCAUAAAAACUCCAUCGCCGGAGCAAUCAACCCUUACCGGAGUGUAUUUCCAUGGCCAUUGGCCAUACCAAGAAUAGGCCAUACCAGAAAACAAAGUCGAUUUACAUCAAAUGCUCUCCAAUUACAUAUCAUCAUUCAUCACCGCCGGAAUCGACCCCUGGGAAAUGGUCCGAGCUGCAUCACGCCGAGAAACAGCCGCCUUUGUCAUUGUGGAUGCCACUCAGGCCUUCACCGCUAAAGUCGUUGAUGGUGAAGUCGUUGGAGUGGCUUGUGAUUCCACUAAUACUCUCAUGGUCUGGGAUAUCAUGGGACGUGAAUUGAAAUCUAGUUGGGGAAUUGGUUCUUCUUUGAUUUGUGCUUUAGCGCGGAUGGGAAAUGGCUUGUCUUCCAGUAUGGAUGGCAGUCUAAGGAUUUGGGAUAUUAUUUUAGCUAGACAAGUAGAUGCAGUAUAUGUCGAUGUCUCCAUCACGGUGUUAUCUCUGUCACCAAAUAUGGAUAUUUUAGCCAUAACACAUGUUGAUCAAAAUGGGGUCUAUCUCUGGGUUAACCAAUCAAUGUUUUCUGGUGGUUCUGACAUCAAUUUGUAUGCAAGUGGCAAAGAAGUUGUGACUGUUAAACUGCCAUCAGUAUCAUCAGUGGAAGGUUCUCAAGUUGAAGAAUCUAAUGAGCCUACCAUUAGGCAUUCAGAGUCUAAAGAUGUCCCUUCCUUCCAUCCUUUGCUUGAGCAAAUUCCGGAUCUAGUUACCCUCUCGCUAUUGCCGAAGAGCCAGUGGCAGAGCUUGAUUAAUCUAGACAUUAUAAAGGUUCGCAAUAAGCCCAUUGAGCCACCCAAGAAACCUGAGAAAGCUCCUUUCGUUUUGCCCUCUAUUCCAUCUCUUUCAGGAGAAAUACUAUUUAAGCCAAGUGAGACGUCUGAUAAGGGAGACAUGAAAGCUGAUGAAGACAAAUCUAAGAUAACACCUGAAGUGCCGUCAUCGCAGUUUCUGCAACUGCUUCAGUCUUGUUCAGAGGCCAAAAACUUUUCGCCUUUUACCGCCUACAUCAAAGGGUUAUCUCCCUCAACUUUGGAUUUGGAACUUCGGAUGCUUCAGCUAAUAGAUGGCUAUGACGAUAGCGCUGAUGAUGAUGAUCUACAAGAUGUUGACAAGAGACGAGUUGCUUUCAAUCGAAUUACUUAUGGAUUACUUUAUACAUGAAAUAUCAUGCCGGAGUAAUUUUGAAUUUGUACAAGCUCUAGUCAGGUUGUUUUUGAAGUUA